GCACUGGUCCGGCUGACUUGUCUCAUCCCAAUUAAGAUUUUUCAGAGGCACACGGGUUGUAGACCUUACCCGCUGAUCGUCCUUACAUCAGAACUUUCCAGCCCGUUUCACAGAAUGGAGGAAGCAGAUCUCGUGGUCAUAGGCGCUGGUUGGGCAGGAAUAGCUGCAGCCAAGACCUUCCACCAGAUUCAGCCUUCGAGAACCUUGGUCAUCCUCGACUCAAAUGAGUCUCUCGGUGGAACAUGGGCAACUGAGCGCCUCUAUCCAGGCCUCAAAACCAACAACCAGCUGGGGACUUAUGAGUACCCCGAUUUCCCCAUGAGUACAAAUGUCUUCGGCGUGAAGCCCGGGCAGCACAUUCCUGGCCAAGUGGUUCACGACUACCUGGAGAAGGUUGCCGAGAAGUUCGGCAUCGCGGAUAAGAUUCGUUACUCAACAACGGUUGUUUCCGCGGAGCAGAACAACCCGUCGGGUGGUUGGAUUGUGAAGAGUGUCAAAAGAGCGACUGGGUCUUCAGAAGACUUCGAGUCAACCAUUUUGGCCCGAAAGCUCAUCGUUGCAUCUGGGCUUACUUCGGAGCCUUUCAUGCCGUACUUUGAAGGGCAGUCUUCAUUCGGCAAGCCAAUUUUCCACGGUAAAGACUUCGCCCGACACGCGGAUGCUGUUGAGACCACCAAGCGGGUGACGGUGCUUGGAGGUGGCAAGACUGGAUGGGACGCGGUGUAUGCUCACGCCAUCAAGGGCGUGCAUGUGGACUGGAUAAUUAGGGAGUCUGGCCACGGUCCUGUGUGGAUGUCGCCUCCCUUUGUCACGCCUUUCAAGAAAUGGCUGGAGAAACUGGUCAUGACGAGGGCCUUGACUUGGUUCAGUCCUUGCUCCUGGGGCGAGGCAGAUGGCUACUCACGUAUCCGUGGUUUCCUUCAUGGGACUGCCAUCGGACGACUAGUAACCAAUGCCUUCUGGUACAUACUGGGCAACGACGUAAAGACUCUGAACAACUUCAAGUCCCACCCUGAAACAGCCAAGCUCCAGCCAUGGAGCCACCCUAUGUUCGUCGCCUCCAGUUUCUCAAUUUAUAACUACGAUACGGAUUUCUACGAGCUGCUGAGGAACGGCACGGUGAAAGUAUACGUCGCCGACAUCACAUGCCUAGGGCCUGAAGGCAUCGUGAAACUUUCCAACGACACAGAGAUCAAGACUGAUGUCAUGAUAUGCGCAACGGGCUGGAAGUCGGCGUGUCCAAUCAAGUUCCUACCUGAGGGCAUCGAGGCUGAGUUGGGCGUGCCUCACGUACCCUCACCGACUGAGCCCCACGAUCUCGUUCAUCGAGCUGACAAUGAGAUCUUGAAACGGUGGCCGCGCCUGCGAGAUCCACCUGUCCAGAACAAAAAUUUCGUGCCUUUCGAAAAGCAAAAGGGUAUCAUCGCCACUUCUGAGGGCGACCGAACCACCUCAAAGCUCACCCCGUGGAGACUCUACCGCUUCAUCAUCCCGUCGUCGCCGCCCCUAGUCCGCCGUCGCGAUAUCGCAUUCGCGGGCAUGAUGAUGAACUUCAACGUCCCGACAAAUGCACACUUACAGUCGCUGUGGAUCAACGCCUACUUUCUUGGACGUGGAAUCGCCAUUCCGAAUGUCGAAAAUGACAUUGAGAGAAACGAGAUGCAAUACGAGACUAUUUUGCAUAGCAGGUUCGGAAAAUGGCGGUACACCGCUGGCCAUGGAAGCCAACUCCCUGAUCACGUGUUCGAUGCGCAGCCAUACAUUGAUCUAUUAGUUGGCGACUUGGAUUUGCAGAAGCACCGCAAAGGUGGCGCGCUCAAAGAGAUAUGGGAUCCCUACGGACCACAGGACUACGUGGAUGUUGUGGAUGAAUGGAAGCGGAGGCAUCAUAUUAGCAGUUUUAUAACUGGCUACAGUAUAUGA